AUGAGCCGGAGGGAGGGAAGUCUGGAGGACCCCCAGGCUGACUCCUCAAUCUCACCCCUUCCCCACUUGGAGUCCAAGAUCCAACAGACACACAGCCUUGCCCGCCUCCUCACCAAAUAUGCUGAGCAGCUGCUCCAGGAAUAUGUGCAGCACCAGGGAGACCCCUUCGGGAUGCCUGGCUUCUCGCCCCCGCGGCUGCCGGUGGCCGAUCUGAGCGCUCCGGCCCCGGGCCACGCGGGCCUGCCGGUGCCCGAGCGCCUGCGGCUGGACGAGGCGGCGCUAGCCGCGCUGCCACCGCUGUUGGACGUCGUGCGCCGCCGCCAGGCCGAGCUGAACCCGCGCGCGCUGCGCCUGCUGCGGCGCCUGGAGGACGCGGCGCGCCAGACCCGCGGGCCCCGACCGGAGCCCGCCGCCGCCGCCGCCAUUGCCGCGGCCGCUGUCACCGCGGGCGUCUUCCCGGCCAAGGUGCUGGGGCUCCGCGUGUGCGGCCUCUACCGCGAGUGGGUGAGCCGCACCGAGGCCGACCUAGGCCAGCUGGCGCCCGGGGGCCCGGCCUGA